CGAGAAGGUACAGACAGCUUUUAGUGUUACGCCAUGUUCAAAAUAUCCUGGCAUGAGUGAGCUAUCAUGUCCACGAAUAAUACCAAAUUCGGUGUUUCCGCUAGUGAUACGCGGAGCCAAACUUGGUCCUUCUAGUUUUUGCACUUUCCCUUUGUGCAGAGUUUUAACGUCGAGACUCUUCUUUAUCUCUCUCUACCUGUUGUGUAGAAUCAACAGAAACACCCAAUCAUCAAGACGACCUGAAAAUUGGUCACUUGUGUGAAUAGACAAUCCACGCUUUACUUGGAAUAUAGACUGCUGGAAGUCCAUCUCUCUUCAAUUGGCAAUUGGAAGCUUCUGAAACGAUGUCUUCUAAGCCCAUCUUUGUGGCUACUCACCCGAGAGCCUGCAGUACGGCAUUCGAAAGGGUCUUCAUGACUCGCCAAGAUAUCCUUGCCUGCGUUCACGAACCAUUUGGUGACGCCUUCUACUACGGUCCAGAAAGACUUAGCUCCAGAUACGAGCAUGAUGAGGAAGCCCGUGAGGCAAGCGGGUUCGCAGACAGUACCUUUAAGACUAUAUUCGAGAGGAUUGAAAGAGAAGGCAAAGAGGGAAAACGUCUCUUCAUCAAGGAUAUCACACACUAUCUGGUGCCUCCUGAAGGCAAAGAAGCGACUAUAGCCCCAUCUCUAGGUGGAAAGACCAAGAAGAAGGGCGUUGGAACAAACGGCCAGACCAAUGGCCACGUCAAUGGCUUCAGCAAUGGUGUCAAUGGGCAUACGAACGGUCACCACAAGGCCCCCUAUCCAUACGAUACCGACGCCGAAGCAGGAAAUCCCACAGUGGUACCUGCAGAGAUUCUCAAGCAAUUCCACUUCACGUUCCUGAUCCGUCACCCUCGUCACAGCAUUCCUUCGUACUGGCGAUGCACUAUUCCUCCCCUGGACAAGGUCACUGGCUUUUACGACUUCAUGCCAUCCGAGGCAGGAUACGAUGAAUUGCGUCGAGUUUUCGACUUUCUCAUGAAAGAGAAGCAGGUUGGGCCGGCUCUUGCCGGAGAGGAGGGAAAGUUGCAGGACGGCGAAGUCAGUAUUACGGUCAUUGAUGCAGAUGAUCUGCUGGAUGACCCUGAGGGUAUCAUCUCAGCUUAUUGCAAGGAAGUUGGUAUCCAGUACAACCCGGACAUGUUGAUCUGGGAUACCGAGGAAGAUCAUCAGAGAGCCAGAGAUGCGUUUGAAAAAUGGAGAGGCUUCCAUGAUGAUGCUAUCAACAGCACUUCUUUGAAGCCAAGAAGCGCUCAACAUAAGAAGAAGGCAAAGACCAUAGAGAUCGAAGACCAGGAAUGGCGUGAAAAGUAUGGUGAUGAAGCUGCCAGAAUCAUUCGGAAGAGUGUCAAUGCCAACAUUCCUGACUAUGAAUAUCUGAAGUCCUUUGCAAUCAAGGUCUAGGCCGGGUUUCUACACACUGAGAAUUCGACUUUAUAUGUACGCAAUGACACAACGGACUAUUAAGUUUCAAGAAAAGCGGACUGGGAUUGCUGG